AACCAUCAUGAACACAGGCAAAGACAUCCUUGUAGUCCCUGGAGAGGUGAGUUCUGGAAUGCUCCGGAGCGUCCGUGCUCCGCGUUUGUCCGCCUUACGUGUCGCUCGUCCACUGGCGCUUGUAAAAAAACAGGCGUGAGUCCACCGUUAGUCUUCCUCGGGUUUUUGAGCGCGUGAUAUGCACAUCGUCGGUAAGUUUUUGAAGCGCAAUUCAGAGGCGAAUUUGGGGAACAGCGUCGAGUUGUGUUGAAGAAGCUUCAAUUGGGAGGCACUAUAUUAGCAGCCACAAACAGAUGGAGAAUUGGAAAAGGAAAAAACAGAAGAUCGACGGGAACCUCGAAUUCUGAUUGAGACUGGUUUAUCUAUAUAUCGCAGGUGUGUUGUGUUGAUGAAGGUUUGUGAUGGGAAACACUGUAGUGCCAAAUCGUAUCUAUUGAACUUCGUAAGAGCGGGCGGUUAUACAACGAGUGAGAGUGAGGAAUAGAAAUUGGCCGCGAGUCCUCUGAAUAUUGUCGAUGCAGAUGGUCAUACCGGGAGAUGAUCUGAAACUCAGCUGGAUAAUUGUCGAUUGGAUUUCUCGUACCCGUUUUGUUGAAGAUCACAUGAAGAUGGAUGGGAUUGAUGUAGAAUUAUCAUCACGAGUUGUCUUCAAUCGGGGAGGAUCCUGAGAAUGAUGAAGUAGCUCAGAAAGAUUACAGAGAAGAUUGUGACAAAAUUUUUAAUCAUUGCUGUUUUAUACUUAAUUGAAAUAGAGGAUGAAUAUUGAUCCGGAAAUUGAUGACGGUGGUCUCCGGUUCAGCGAGGAGAAUUAUUACUAGCAGCUGGAUUCAGUAUUGAGAAUGUCGCGGAAGACUGUGAUGACUAUAAAGAGGAGGCAAAAAGCAAUAUUGAAAAGGGGGACAGCGGUAAGUGUGGAGGAUAAAUUUCGGAUGGGGAUUCAAAUAAGUGUGUUGAUGAUUUGGAAGAGGGAGUAAAAGUAGCUGGUUUAAGGGCUGUAUUUGAGACGGAUUGGUUUUUACAUUUGGAGGGGAAGAAAAUGAAGACGCUUAAGUUACAAGACAUUGAAGAUAUAUCUUUCAGAAACCUGGAGGAAGUGGGUUUGGUAGUGGUGGGGUUUGUGCUUUGUGUUGGUGGUGGUUAUGAAAUGGAAUGGUGCUGCAACUCCAAUGGAGGAUGCCGGAGUAGUUGAUGCAGCUCCAAAUUUAUGUGAGGCUACGAUCAUAAUUGACAAGAGCACAAGAUGGGAUACAUAUCAUAUUACCGUCAGGGAUUUCCUUGCAAAUUUUGACUGCUCAGUAAAAUUAUCCAUCUAUGCUUUUGGUUCUGAGGAUAUGCUCUUUUCAGAAGAUACGAGGCAGACCUGUUUUGCACCAUUGCCUAGUCUCAAGCAUUUGGACAUGAAGAUAAUAGAGCGGAAAAGUUCCGCUAUGGCAGUGACAAAUUGUUACAUGAGGGACUCGUUGAAUUGGAUGGCACCAUCUCUGGAAAUUCUAUCUAUAAACAAGAUAAACAAGAAAUGGAGUAAAAAUUUCAACAAAGAGAUUAAUUCCUGGUACACUUGCAUCUUUCUUAACAUCUUAUGGCAUUGAUAUUGACUGGAGUAGCUACUAUUUGCAGAUUGCAACUCUAGUUAAGUCCAAUUUGUCAAUACUGAGCUUUAACACAUCAGGACUCGAGCCUAGUUGUUAUAUAUACUUCUAUAGUAAAGCUAGUAUUAGUAUAUGUGAACAAAGUUCAAAUCUGUGUGUAAGAAUGAUCCUUUCUAAGUUUCUCAUCUGUAUUAUUUGAAUGUCUGCAGUUUGCGAUACCAUUUCCACCCUGUGACAGGUGGUUGUUGAAGUUUUUAGUAAUCCAGCAAUGAUUUUGAAGAUGAAAUUGACCAACCUUCCAUGGAGACUAUAAAUCAUUCAGAAAGGGUCCCUAAAAUGUAAAAUUGUUCAGAAUUACAUAUGAAAGCUUGUAGUGUCUUGAUUCCAUGACUGAAAUUUACAGGGUUAGCAUUUCUGGCUUACUAAAGCCUGUACUGGCUCUCACCAUAUGUGCCAAGAUGCUUAGAAGAUUUCUGCCAAUCUCUCUAUUUUGGUGUAUGUAAGGAUCAGAAACUGACAUGAUUGUAACUUAAGAGCUAUAAAAUUUGAUC